UGCUGGAUUGAGGCACCUAUUUGAUCCCAUUUUACUUUAGUUGGAAUAAUAUUUUUUUUUUCGUGAUCGCGAUGCCGGAACCUGCAAAAGCGGCUCCUAAGAAAGGCUCGAAGAAAGCCGUAACUAAAACAGCCGGUAAAGGCGGAAAAAAGCGCAAGAAGUCACGCAAGGAGAGCUACGCUAUUUACGUUUACAAAGUGCUGAAGCAGGUCCACCCGGACACGGGCAUCUCGUCCAAAGCCAUGGGUAUUAUGAACUCUUUCGUGAACGACAUUUUCGAGCGGAUUGCUGGCGAGUCGUCGCGUCUCGCGCACUACAACAAGCGCUCGACCAUCACGUCGCGCGAGAUCCAGACCGCCGUGCGCCUGCUGCUUCCGGGGGAGCUCGCCAAACACGCUGUGUCAGAGGGCACCAAGGCUGUGACCAAGUACACCAGCUCGAAGUGAUCAACACCUUCAUCUCGACGUGGAAACAAAACAUUAAAAAAGGCUCUUUUAAGGGCCACCAAGGUCCCUAUGAAAGAGCUGAUUUUCUGUCUUAAUCAUUUGUUUAGUGUUUGCCAAAAGAACGAGUGAACUGUUGACACAUAUAACACAAUGCACUGUUCAAUGUGAAAUAAAAAUCAACAAUAAAUAUUAACAA